AUCUUCUCCCUCACUAACGAUCCAUCACAACGAGCUUGGAGUUAGAAAGAGAAAAAAACUGCCUGCCGGACACUUUCCCUUACCCUUCUCUUCCUCCUCUUCUAUAUAUCCCCCCCACCCUCAUCUUUUUCUUGCCCCCUAUCGAUCUUUGUCUCUCUUGUUUUAUUCUCUAUCUCUCCUCCUUGCAUCUUUGUUCAUAUCUCCAGUGGCCCGCACAUGAUAUCGAUCUAUGCUAAUUCUUCCUGUGUAUGGAAACUAGCUAGUUGAUUCUUUCGCUGCUGCUUAUUUCCAAGGUGCAGCUAUAGCCUGACAGGAAAGCUAAUUAAUUAUUUAAGAGAUAGGUAGAGGGGGAUCGAGCGAUUUGUUAGCUGUUGUUGCUUCGUUGAUCGAUCGGUUGAUCGGGGAAGGAUGUGCACAAGGGGUCACUGGAGGCCGUCAGAGGACGAGAAGCUCAAGGAGCUCGUCGUGCGAUACGGGCCGCACAACUGGAACGCCAUCGCCGAGAAGCUCCAGGGCCGAUCAGGGAAGAGCUGCAGGCUGAGGUGGUUCAACCAGCUGGACCCCCGGAUCAACCGGAGCCCCUUCUCGGAGGAAGAGGAGGAGCUGCUCCUGGCCUCGCACCGCGUCCACGGCAACCGGUGGGCCGUCAUCGCCAGGCUCUUCCCGGGCCGCACCGACAACGCCGUCAAGAACCACUGGCAUGUGAUCAUGGCGCGCCGCUGCAGGGAGCGGAUGAGGAUAUCCUCCAGCAAGCGGGCAGGUCCCGGUAAAGACGAGAUCAGCCCAAGGAACCACGACGCCGCUGCCGGCGAGAAGCCGAGACCCGCAGCCGACGCGAGUCGCAUGGCCGCCUUGCUUGACAAGUACAGAAGGGAAUUUGCUGGGCCCUUUGCGAUCAGCCAUCACAGCAGCAAGGAGGGUUACUGCUCGUCUACGAAUGAAGAUACGAAUAGAUCGGUGGAGUUCUACGAUUUCCUCCAGGUGAACGUGAGCUCGAGCGACACCAAGUGCAGCUCGAGCAUCGAGGAGCAGGAAGACAACGGCCGAGACGACGACGAUCAACAAGCGGAAGGGCAAGUGGCGCUCAUAGAUUUCAUGGAGGUUGGGACUUCUCAUCAGUGAUUUAUCUAUAUAUAUCUAUGUAUAUGUAUUUAAUUAACUAGGGGCCGGCCGGGAUAUAUAUGCAUGCAUCCAAAGCAGCUUGUAAUGCUUUGUGAGAGGGGCAUGCUAUAUAUGUAGCGAUCUAACAACAAAGAUACUUAUAGAGGAAGCCAUAGAAAUAUGCAAGCGCGUAUGUAUAUGACAUAUAUAUGCACAUGUAAUUUAUUGAUGUACACAGACGCAUAUGUAUGGCCGUUACUGCAGAAUUCUUCGAGAGAAAAGUGGAAGAGUGGAUUCUCUAUUUGUAAAUUUUAAUUAAUAAUACACCGUAUAUAAUAUUGUUUGUUUC